AGUCUUGCCGCACAAUCUGAGCGAUAAUUUGAAUUUGUCAGAACUAGAAAGUUAAAAAGCGAAAAUUAUUCCCUUUUAGAUACUGUAACGUUUUUUUCUUAUAAAUAAUCAGAAAAUGGAUGAUCGAAAUUCAGAAUUGAUGCGUUUUGUUGAACACUUGAAGAAUAACACAUUCAAAACCCCAGAGGAAAAGGAAAAAAAAUGGCGUGGAAUUGUAUUCAAAAUCCUCAGCGAAUUCAAUCCCAGAUUCGAUCAUCCCAAGUACAUGUACAAGUUUUUUCAAUUCUCUGCUGCCAAAUGCCCUAAGGCUUUCUUUACUGAAGAUAUUCCGCUAUUUUUCGAGUGGGCUCUGUCAUGCAUCUUGUAUAAAAUGAAUGAUUCUGAUUUAGAUCCUGAAAUAACAGAAGAAUUAUAUGAUGUUGUUCUUCAUAUUGUUCAAGUUUACAGAUAUACUGACGAUAAAUGUUUCCUUGUCAUUCUGAGAAAGAUUAUUGAAGUUUUUCAUGAAAUUGUAAAUAUGAGUACUACUGAUCUAAGUUCGAAAUCUAUCCAUAUUUCGUCAUUGCAAAGUCGAAAUGAAUUUAUUUCGAAAGAAGAGAAUAUGACUCUACCAUGGCCUAAAGUGUGCCCAAGUGAUGAUAGUAUUGUAGAGCUUACUUGUUUUUUAUGUGAAGUUUUAAGCAAACUUGCAGAAGAGUUUUUAUUUUAUUCAGAAAUAAGAAGUAAAUUAUGGAAUUUGGCAAUAAAAACAUUUCAUCACGGCUGUAUUAAAAUAAGAGCAAAAAGUUGCUUAUUACUUUUGAAACUUAUCAGACUUGGAUUCUAUGAAGAUAAAAAUAAAAUCGUUAUUGCAUCACUUUUAACUACUUCACUUAAAUACACUGUUAAGGAAGAAAAUCCUCUUAGUAAUAAUUUUACGAAAAUUGUCACUCAAUUAUGUCAUUUUAUAGUUGAACAAAAAGAUAUUGAUUUGUUAUGCUUGUGCAUUACUGGAUUAUCUAACGAUAAACUCGAAGAUACAUUGAAAAAGUUAAACAAGUCAAAUAGAAAAGAUAUUGAAAAAAUAUUACAAAGUCACUUGAAGUUAGAUAUGAAAAUUUUAGCAACCCCUAAUUUUGGAAUGUAUUAUAAAAUAAUUUUUGAAAGGCUUUAUGGGAACAUAUCUUUACAGCAACAACCUCCAGAUCUAUUAAGAGCUUUGAUUAUGGCAGAGAAUAGCUCGCUUGGUAGAUCAGAAACUGCAUCAAAGAUAGUAAACAGUUUUGAUUUUUCAAUGCGUCCAGUUAAUGAAACAAAUUUAGAGAAUAUUUAUCAGCAUGUAAAUUUGAUAUCAGCGUGCGAAAUUGAUGUUACAAAUGAUGAUCGAGUUAAAGGGGGUGUACUAAGAUUCGUGCAAGCUGGUGUUAGCAAAUACACAUUGUUAGGGAAGACUUUUUAUGGAUUGAUUGGAGGAUGUUUAAAUUGGGCUAUUAAGAAAAAAAUUUUCAUGGAGCUGAUAUCAAUACCUUGGAUAUCUGAUCACUAUUCCCUUUAUGAUUUUACACCUGAUGAUAGUAAGGUCUUAGAAGAAGCCAAUAGAAAUAUUCAAAAUAGAGAUGAUUAUAUAAAAGUUAAGUUACUCUGUUUACACUUGAUAGUGUUCAUUGACAAAGAUUUAUGUAUAUCUUGGAGAAGCCAAAUAUUUAAUGGUUGUUUAAGCGAAGCAAAUGAAUCUAUCAGAAAGCAAUCCGUGUCUUUGCUUCCACAUUUUAUUAAUCUAAACCAUCGACUGCAAUCACUUAAAGAAUCUCUGAGUUUAAUUACUGACGAAAAAGACAAAGAAAUGCUAGUAACAUUUUUAAAAGCUUUACCAUUAUUGCCUUGUGGUUUAUCAAAGAGAAUAAAUUACAAACUAUUUAAAUGUCAAGACUAUUGUCUAACUUACGAGUCCGCUUGUGACGUAUGUGAUUGCAACAUACCUCAAAUGAAUCAAUCAUCUGCAGAUCAUCCUUUAAUCAAUUUAUUAUGGAAAUGUUGGUUGGACUUAUACGACAAGGAAUGGAUUCGAGAUAAUAAAGAAUUAAUAGAAAUUUUAAUAAAAUCGUUCUUUCGAUUGGCAAAUCAUGCACAUCAUAUUAAAAAUAGUACUAAUAUUUUGAAAGCUCUAGUGUUAUACGUAAAUUUUUUGCUCUCAGAAGUUGAAAGUAUUCGAAAUCUUGCAGCAUCUGGUUGUAUUCGUAUAUGCGAUGGAGAAUUAAAAAAUGCUUUAGUUAAACAAAUUUGCGAAACAAUGGAAAGUAAUCUUGAAAGCUAUCAAAGGAUAUUUUUAAUGAAAAUCUUGGGAAAAAUUGGUGAACAAAUGAAAGAACCAUCGCUUCAUAUUAUAAUGGAACUUAUUAGAAAUAUAGCUGUAUGGAAAGGUGGUCAAGGGUUAUAUGUGGUUAGCGUCGCUGAUUUAACUUUACACAGCCUAGUUAAAACUGCAAGUAGAAAGCCAAAGCAAAUAUUUUACUCGUUCGCUGAUGAAAUUUGUGAAUUCCUGUUAAAAAAUUUAAUGGAAUCUCCUUCGGAAGAAUUAAACUCAUGCUGUCAAGUUUUCGGUCAUCUAUCUCAAAUAUUUGAACAUCAAAUUUCUCAAAGAAUGUUGGAAUAUUCUGUUCCAAGACUUGUUCGGGAAUCUACAGGAAAAAGUGCUGAGAUCUUAAGGGUCUUAGCCGAAUUUCAAAAUGAGGAAGUAUCAACGAUCGUAUCAAAUCAUAUUGGAAUGGUCUUAUCAUAUUUAUUUUGUAAUUCCAAUAAGGAAGAGUUGGAAGAGGCGCUUAUGUUUAUUAGAAAUAUUACUAAUAAAGAAAUUUCCAAAUUAAUUUCUGGACAAUUACAUGAAGUUUAUUUCGAACUCAUAUCAAAAUUGGGAAAGUAUAAGAAAGAUAUUUUGGAAGGCAUGAGUCUUACUGUUAUUCAAUAUGACGAAAAUAUUCGCAAAGACAGUCCUGCUAGUUUAGAUUCAAUUGCUAGCCUUCUACAGCCUCGAUUUUUAGGUUUAUUAAUUCAUUUUGAUGAUUCCCUUCAAAAUACCUACACUUCUGAAUCACGAAAAAGAGAAUUACUUGAUUCUCUGGUGGAGUUAUUAAAAUUAAUGGGACGAGAAAGAGUGACGCCAGUACGUAUGCGAGUAAUUACAACUCUAAAAAUUUGUGGUGAAGAGCCAGCUCUGAAGGAGGCUUGUCUUCGAGCGUGGAGUGCAUUUGUCCAUUGUUUGAAUUUUCAAACUGUCGGUCCUCUCUUGCCCACGAUUGUUUGUCAUCUUAUGAAAUAUUUCGAUGAGAGAAAAGCAAAAGUUGCCCAUAUACUUCGAUAUUUAAUCGUUGAACAUGAGAAAGAUGUGGAUAAUUCUCUAAAAUACUUGUUCUUUCUACCUAGUGGAAAGCCUGAAUUAAAAGAGAUUGAGAGAGUUAUCGCAAAUUAUAGGAUAAGGGUAAAGACAGAGGAGGACGUCCUGGAAGAACUGGAAAUGCUAUCUAAUGCUGUUAUGAACGAAAGUGCAACGGUUCGAAUGCAUUCCUUAAGGAGGUUGACGAAAGUUCUGGAAAAAAAUGAAAACUUUAUUUAUAAACUGAAAACUCGAGAUUCGGUUGUUCCGAAAACGCUAUGCAAGCUUAUUAAUGUACUUUUACAUUGUUGUGUUGAUGCUGAUGAAAAAACAAGAAUUAUUAUUGCCGAAUGCUUAGGAGAGUUGGGGGCAAUUGAUCCAGCCAGAAUAGUAUCCCAGGAGUCGUCCUCGGAUAAAUGUUUUCAUUUAUCAGUUAUAAGUUCAGACUUUACUUUAGAUCUUCUGAUGGAAUUAGCGAAAUGUUUUUUAAGAGCAUCUACAAGAGAUAUUCAAGAUAAUGUUGCUUACGCAAUUCAGGAAGUAAUGAAAGAUACAGGGGAAGUUUGGCGGCGAUUACCUAGAGAAAUAUGUGAGAUUGUAUCACCAAUGGAAAAGUCAAGAUUUAAAUUAAUGGCGGGAUAUGAUUCAAAAAAUAUCAAGACUCCAAUAUUUAGUAAUACUGAAAAUUUUGAAAAUUGGUUAUUUAAUUUUAGUUUAUUCUUGAUGUCGCAAACCACCGGAAGGGUUGGGAGAGUAUUUGAAGCCUGUAGGGGUAUUGUUAAAUACGAUAGACAAAUCGCUCUCUUUCUAUUACCAUAUGCAACAUCUCAUGUAAUUAUUGACGGAUCACAAGAAAUGACACAAUUUAUAAUUCAAGAAAUCUUGACGGUUUUAAAUGUUGUCGUUGCUCAGUGGAAAGCGUCUUCCGAACUGCAAUGCUUAGGAGUUCAAACUAUAUUUUCACUUCUGGACCAUUUAAAUAAGUUCAUUAUCCAUAAGCCAGAACAGAAAAUAGAUAAUGUUUUGAACAAGGUGCCCAAUGAUUUGAUUUGUGCUGCAGCUUCCGCCUGUCAGGCCAACUGUAGAGCUAUAAAGCAUCUAUUUAUCCAUAUGCGAAAUUUGAAAGAUAAAUCGGCCCAUUUAGACUCUUUACAAUCACUCUAUUUAGCUCUAAAUGAGCCAGAUGGAGUUAAAGGUAUUGUUGAGAUAAGAAGAGAUAACUCGUCUCCUCUUCACCAAGUUGCAAGCUUUGAAAGCAACGGAGAGUUAGGAUCAGCCUCUGUUUGCUAUGAUUUAGCUUUACAAACUUCAACUGCUGAAGAGAGUAUUAAUUUAAAAGCUGGGGCAUUGAGAUGUCAAAUGUCACUCGGCCAAUUAAACAAUGUGUGGUCAUUAGUAAGGACUGAAGAUAAUGAAAAGCUAAAAGCUUUUCGAAAAGAAGCUGCAUGGAAGUUGUGCAAAUGGGAUGAUGUAGAGGAGUUAUCAAAGGACGCAUCAAAUGAUUGGAAUUCUUGUCUUUGCAGAAUAUUUACUGGUCUAAGGAAACAAAGUGAUAUUCGUGAUGAGCUGAAUAAAACCCGAUCUGCUUUAAUGGCACCCUUAUCGGCAGCAAGCCUUGAGCAAGGUUCCUAUCAACGGUCUUAUGAAAUUCUUGUACGAUUACAUGUUCUUACUGAAAUUGAGAGAUUUUAUUCAUCAGUUAAACAAGUUGAUCUUUGGAAAUCAAGGCUUGAAACUGUUCAAACGCUAGUCCAAACUCAUGAGCCAAUUAUUUAUAAUAGAUUAUCCCUUCUGAAACUUCGAGAAAGAGUAAAAGGUGAGGAUCAUUCGACUCUAAUCGCCGAAUCUCGAUUGCAAAUGGCUCGCACAGCAAUGGAAUGCGGGUUGACAGAGAUAGCUCAAACAUGGCUAAUUGGGGAAACAUCUUCAAAAUUAAGAUCUGAACAUGCAGUUCAAUAUGCAAAAUGGCUUUGGGAGAAAGGUCAAAAUUCAACAGCCAGGUCACACUUAGAAAAAUCAUUGGCAAGCAUUUAUCCCGAUCUUCAUUACGUCAAAAUGGGUUCUCAAGAUGAUAGGUUGAAAUGUGCUGAGUUACUGCUAUUGUUAAAUAAUUACAAGGAAGAGGAUGCAACUUUAGAAUCUAAUGAUAUAAUGAAAAAGUACAAAGAAGCUAGUGAUAUGAAUUCCCGUAUGGAAGAUACUUUUGUUGCAAUGGCCAGAUAUUAUGAUAAGAUCAUGAACACUUGUGUAACGGCACAAGAAGAUAGAAUGAUAAAGAAGCCUGAAUUUAUUCAUAGGGUUGUCUUAAACCUAGGGGAGGCGAUGAAAAGGGGUUCGAAAAAUAUUUAUCGAACAAUGCCAAGGUUCUUAACACUUUGGAUGGAUCUCACGGCUGAGGGAGCCGACCAACAGACAAUAAGCAAGGUGGUUGGCCUUGUUUCUCAAUUGAAAGAAUCUCUUGCACCAUAUCAGUUUAUGACUGCCUUCCCUCAACUUGUAUCUAGAAUAUGUCAUGCUCAUAAUAGCACGUAUCGAGAACUUAGCGCAAUAAUUGUUAAAGUUUUGAACUCUUAUCCAUAUCAAGCUGCAUGGCUUAUAAUAGCUGUUUCACAGUCAACCUAUCAGACGAGAAAAGCUCGUUGCAUGGAAAUCCUUGAUCAAGUUAAAGAUGGAAAUCCUACUCUAGCAUUAUUAUUAAAGGAUAUGGCCAACCUACAACAUCGUUUAAUUGAGUUGUGCAAUAGAAAAUGUAACGAAAAAUCAUUAAGUUUGCCUCGAGAUUUUAAAGCUCUUAAAAAAAUAUUUUCAUCCAAUCAAUUAUCAAAUAUAUUGAUACCGAUUCAGAGCCAGCUAACAGUUCACUUAACUGGAGACAAUCCUUUUCCCUAUCAGCCUGUUUACAUUAGGGGGCUAGAAGAUAAUAUAGAAGUCUUAUGUUCUCUACAAAGGCCGAAGAAAAUAAUUCUCAAGGGUUCUGAUGGAAAUCUUUAUCCCAUGCUGGCAAAACCUAAAGACGAUUUGAGAAAAGACGCUCGACUGAUGGAGUUUAAUAGUUUAGUUAAUACUAUUCUUCAGAGGGAUCCAGAGUCGAGGAGAAGGAGACUUAGAAUAAGAACCUAUGCCGUAAUACCAUUAAAUGAAGAAUGUGGUUUGUUGGAAUGGGUUAAGAACACCAAUGGCCUUCGGAAUAUACUUUUGAAAUUAUACAAAGAGAAGCGACUGUAUGUUUCAGGAGCUAAAUUAAAACAAUGGCAAUUACCAGUCUCAACUCCAAUUGAGAAGAAAUUAAAAGUCUUCAAAGAGAAUCUCUUGCCUUGUCAUCCGUCAGUGUUUAGUCAAUGGUUUUUGAGGACAUUCCCUGAUUCUACAGCAUGGUUUAAUGCUCAUCUCUUGUACUGUAGAUCUGUAGCAACAAUGAGUGUUGUUGGAUAUAUUUUAGGCUUGGGAGAUCGUCACGGUGAAAACAUUCUUUUUGAUAGUAAAACUGGCGAAGUUGUUCACGUCGACUUUAACUGUUUGUUCAACAAAGGCGAAACUUUUGAUUUUCCGGAGUUAGUACCUUUCAGGUUGACUCAUAACAUGGUAGAGGCAAUGGGACCUCUUGGAACUCGAGGUCUAUUCCACCAAGCUGCUGUAAAUACUUUAAACUUGAUGGUUAAGCAGAAGGAAACUCUUAUGACGGUUCUCUCGUCAUUUCUGUAUGACCCUCUGGUUGAAUGGCGAACUUCAAAAGCCAAAUUAAAUGUUCAGGGAGAAGUGAAGAAUGAAGAAGGAAGAACUAGCAUUGCUAUGAUUGAUGAACGAUUAAAAGGUUACUUAAAGAGUUCCCAGAGGAAAACCAAGGGUUUACCCUUAGCAGCAGAUGGUCACGUUGAUCUACUCAUUAAAGAGGCUACUGAUGAAAACAAUUUGUGCCAAAUGUAUCUCGGUUGGGCAGCGUACAUGUAG